GUGUACAAUAUAGACUCUUGCCACUGAAAUGAAGCCAAGAAAUUACCAUUCAUGAUUCUUUAGUGUGUUAGUAUUUCAACGAAGGUGUCCGAGGAUUAAUUACCGAGGUUGGACAAGAAUUUGAUUCGACCAAUAAUAGUGGUUUAUCUGGGAAGGCACCUAUCUAAUGCUCAUGGCUUGAGUUCUCUGAAGCUGCUUCUCCUGAUACCGCUCAUACCUUCACAAGAAAAGUGGUACUCUCAAGUCCCAACGAAAGCAGGAACGAAGCAUUUCCUCGGAUUAAGUCAAUCCCACCAAGGACCAAGGUAUCUCUCUGCAUAUAUGCACUAACAAUAUCUCUCUGCUAAGAACCUUUGAUGCUUUGAGAAUGGUUGCAUCAUUGCUUCAUUUACGGUGCUCCAAAACUUCAGCUGACAGGAGUAAAAGAAGUGGUACCUGAAGCGGCUAAUUAGUAGAAUAGAAAGAAGCGACGGGAUGCAGUCAUUGAGCAAGUAGAUGGAGCCUUGAACUAAGCUGACUGCAACAUUAGCUUCAUCAUGUGUCCCAGACAUCACAAUCCUCAUACUUCUCCCAAGAUAAUAAUCAAGUACUCCAAUUUUAGCACGUGAAAUCUGAUUCGCCAAAAAUCCCAUACAUGUUAUCCAAUAGAAAGAGAGACUGCAGUCGAAAAGAAAUUCAGCAACUCCAAGUAGAUCGAAAUUUUGUUCAUCAAUAAUAGAAACCAUAUUUCUCCAAGUAGACAUGAAUUUUGUUCAUCAAUGAUAGAAACCAUAUCUAUUAUUAGGAUAAUUGUUUGUUGUAGGUCUGCCAACCAAAUUUCUAUUACUCUGAAAUCCAGACCACAGACAAUAUUAUAACGAACCCACUUUGCCAUCAAUUAAACUACUCACCAUAUGAUCAUGGUAUAGCAAAUUUAGUUCUCGCGACAAUAGAAAAAUUAAAGACCACGAUGUACCUGUCACUUGACACAAAAUCCUGCCAAUCCCUGUUUUCUAGGCCACAAGCAACCAAUUUAUACUCUACAAAAUCCUCAAGUGGGUUUGCCGAUGAUUGCGUGGUGCUUAUAGAUCAUUCUCUGGAGUCGGGAAGAACAAGAAGAUUGCAGUCAAUUAGUCUCACAGCAUACAAUAUUGGUGUGGUUUCAGCAUCGUUCACCGUCUGCCUUUCGUCGUCAGGCUGCCAACCAAUUCGAUCCUUCUCAAGCAACAAAAGAGCCUAUAUUGGAUGUUAUUGGUUUGAAAUUCUGGAUGCUGCCCAUUCUCGUCCUGCUUUUUUUUGAAUUCCUACCUUCACAGAUCGAUGGAUUUAGGUUGGAAAUUCGGCAGCACACACCAACUUCUUUCCCCAAACAUAUAUGGAUGCAGAUUUCACAAGAGGCACACACACUUGUUGCCAAAUAUUUUGAUUGGCUCGAGCAAAAACCCAUCAAGAUUUCUCACCAGAACCACUCUGAAACCAUAUUCUGGGUCACUAUUCUCAACAGCACAUGAGCUUCCUUCAGCCCUCCUCUACUUUCCCCUGGAAACAAAACAGAGUCCCAUAAGAAAGAACAGAGCAAAACUCCUUGAUGGAUUCAGGUUCUACAUUGAAACCCAUCUUCUGGGUUUUACUAUUGCUUAUGAGUCUUGGCCAUUCUAACCCAUAUUCUGGAACCAGUUCCGACUCCAGCUCCUUGGUAUAUACCAAAUGCGCAAAUCAGAGUUUCACGGGAGCCACUGAGGCAUAUCAUCGAACGCUUUCCGCGCUUUACCAACAACUCCUCACGGAGUCUUAUCGCUCCAAGUUCUUCAAAUCCACUGCAGGCGACGAGAACCUAGGGAUCUCCGGCCUCUUCCAAUGCAGAGGCGAUCUGGGAAACGACGACUGCCAACACUGCGUCGGCGGGCUUCCGGAGACAUUGGGCAGCCGCUGCGGGCAAGCUGUCGCGGCGAGGGUCCAGCUCUCGGGUUGCUAUCUGCGCUACGAAACCGAUGGGUUUCCGGAACAUGAGCUCUGGCCGUCGGAGGGCGGCGGAGGGAGAAGCGAUGAUUACGAGUCCGAGCUGCUCCACGAGAAAUGCAGCAGCAAGAGCGACAACUCCAGCGAUUUCAAGACGGCGAGGGAGGCGGCUUUCGCGGCGGUGGAGGCGCAGCUGGCAAAAGCGGAGGUUGGGUUCUGCGAGAAGGAGAUCGAGCACGUGCAAGUGGUGGCGCAGUGCGAAGGGGGUUUGGGAGCUUGCGAUUGCGGCCAAUGCGUCCAUGCCGCGGCGGAGAUCGCGGAGGAGAAAUGCGGCAGCUCUGUUACCGGUGAAGUGUAUUUGAGUAAAUGCUAUCUUAGCUAUAGCUACGAUUCCGAAGGUCAGCCGAUUAAACCUAUUUUAUAUAGUCUCAUUAAUCUCAUCCACUAAAAAUUGUGCUUUAGGGGUCGUUUGGAAAAAAAAUUAAUGAAUUCAUUCAAUCAUACAUUUAUUAGAAAGUUGGAAUUUUUUUUUUUUAAUAAAUGGUUUGAGUUUGC